GCAACGCGAUACCUGACGGCCAAUUGCAUGAGAAGCCGUAAUUGGCCUUUCUGCGCGAAUUUUAUUCCGAAGUUGCUCCCUCUCUUUUUAUCUCAUCACUCCCUCACUGUCACUGCCCCGCUUAAAGCUCCCAUUCCUUUCUUCACGUAAGCAAUCCAUUUCUUCCUCUUCCUUGCAUUGCGUUCGAUCUGUUAUCUGGAACUUGUUUGAGUUUAGUAAAAUAUCUUUUGCCAUUUCAGCCAUGGAUGCUUCAAAAGAUGCUUCGCCAAAGGAAUUGCCACUGGGGUUGGAUGCUAGUACUGAGGAAGAGUAUGCUUCACAGUCCAAGCUGCUUCAAGAGUUCACAAGUAUCUCCAGUAUUGACAAGGCGUGGACUUUUAAGUCUAACAGCGGAAUGGGCUCCCAGGCAAUGUUUUCAAUUAGCCAGGCAAAUCUUUUGGCUAACAAAAGGAGGAAAUUCAUUCUAUCAGCUAUAAUUUCAAAAGAAAGUAGCAGUUUUGUGAACUUUCAGUGGGCCCAGUUUCCAAUUGAAAUGGGAGGUGUGUCUACAAUAGUUCCAUCACCAUCAGGUUCAAAGCUUCUUGUAGUUCGGAAUCCUGAAAAUGAAUCUCCAACUCGAUUUGAAAUCUGGAGCCAAGGUCAGGUAGAAAAGGAAUUCCACAUCCCACAAUCUGUUCAUGGUUCAGUAUAUACUGAUGGAUGGUUUGAGGGAAUAUCUUGGAACUCUGAUGAAACUCUCGUUGCUUAUGUUGCUGAGGAACCAUCUCCCUCCAAGCCUGUGUUCAGUGAUCUGGGCUACAAAAAGUGCAGUGCUUCCACAGAUAAGGACAGUGGUAGCUGGAAAGGUCAAGGGGAAUGGGAGGAAGAUUGGGGAGAGACCUAUGCAGGGAAAAGGCAGCCUGCUCUCUUUGUCAUUAGCAUCAGCAGUGGAGACGUACAACCUAUUAAAGGAAUUGCAAAGUCUUUGAGUGUUGGACAAGUUGUGUGGGCUCCAUCAACUGAAGGAUCGAAUCAGUAUUUAGUUUUUGUGGGUUGGUCAUCAGAUCCAAGAAAGCUUGGCAUAAAAUACUGCUACAAUAGGCCCUGUGCAUUGUAUGCAGUUCAAGCACCAGUUUAUAAAUCAGAGGCUAAUGCAUUUGAAUUCAAAGGUAGUCCUAUUAAAGGCUCAUGUGUGCUCAACCUAACUCAAAGCAUAAGUAGUGCCUUCUAUCCAUUGUUCAGUCCAGACGGAAGCUUCCUUGUGUUUUUGUCUGCCAAAAGUUCUGUAGAUUCUGGUGCGCAUUCAGCAACAAAUUCACUUCACAAAAUUGAUUGGCCAGUUAAUGGACAGUUGAGCGCACCUGCAAAAAUUUUUGAUGUGAUUCCUGUUGUGCAGUGCUCAGAGGAUGGUUGUUUCCCUGGACUUUAUUGUUCAGAAUUCCUUAGGAAUCCAUGGCUUUCUGAUGGAUCCACUAUGAUUUUAUCUUCAGUGUGGGGCAGCAGUCAAGUUUUACUUUCUGUGAAUGUGUUAAGUGGGGAUGUAAAAUGCAUUAGUCCUACUGACUCAAAGUUUUCUUGGAAUCUUCAUGCUCUGGAUGGGGACAACAUUAUUGCUGUAUCUAGCAGUCCAGUUGAUUUGCCUGGGAUCAGGUAUGGUUGUCUUGUUGAAAAGGCAACUAGAAAUACUACAUGGAAUUGGUUAGAUAUAUUGAGCCCAAUAUUUAGAUGCUCUGAGAAGGUGAGAUCCUUGCUCUCUUCUCGGCAGUUUGAUAUACUGAAGAUCCCAGUCAAGGAUGUUUCCAGUUGCCUGACAAAAGGCUCUAGCAAACCUUUUGAAGCUAUAUUUGUGUCCUCCAAUUCUAAGAAGAACGGUGUUUGUGAUCCGCUAAUAGUAAUGCUUCAUGGAGGCCCACAUUCUGCAUCAUUGUCAAGCUUCUCAAAGUCUCUGGCAUUUCUAUCUUCAAUUGGUUAUAGCUUAUUGAUUGUAAAUUACAGAGGUUCAAUAGGAUUUGGCGAGGAAGCAUUGCAAUCUCUUCCAGGAAAAAUCGGAUCCCAGGAUGUUAGUGAUGUACUCACUGCUAUAGAUCAUGUCAUUGACAUGGGUCUUGCUAGCCCCUCUAGCAUAGCUGUGCUUGGUGGUUCCCAUGGUGGCUUUCUCACCACACACUUAAUUGGCCAGGCACCUGAUAAGUUUGUUGCAGCAGCUGCGAGAAAUCCUGUCUGUAAUCUUUCAUCAAUGGUUGGUACAACAGAUAUUCCUGAUUGGUGCUAUGUGGAAACUUAUGGGAUUGAUGGGAAAAAUAAAUUCACGGAAGCACCUUCAGCUGAGGACCUGGGUCUAUUUCACAGCAAGUCCCCUAUAUCACACAUUGGAAAGGUCAAAACACCGACAAUCUUUCUUAUAGGUGCUCAGGAUCUCCGCGUUCCAAUGUCUAAUGUGUUGCAAUAUGCACGGGCACUGAAAGAGAGAGGAGUAGAGGUCAAAAUCCUCAUGUUUCCCAAUGAUGUUCAUGGAAUUGAUAGACCUCAGUCAGACUUUGAAAGCUUCCUCAACAUAGGGGUGUGGUUCAAAAAAUACUGUAAAUGAACAUUUCAGAUUGGAAUAAUGCCUGUGGAUUCCAAAUGCAUUAUUAAUCUUAAAGAAAUUUGAAGAACAAAUCCACUUGUAAAACCUUGAUAUGGAGGUUGUCCUCGGUGCUCCAAUCCGCCAUGGGACAUUAUCAUUCUGAAUAUUUAUAAAUGUAUCUUUACCUCUUUUUUAGCAUUUAAAUGGCACAUUUUUUUAUUUUCUAUUAA